AUGUCAAAAUAUCCAGGAGAAGACUCGGAUAUCCCUCAACGAAUACUAGAUACAUUAGGUAACCAACCAUUAAAUCAUUUAGUACCGAAAGAUGGGCUUGCAUCACUAAUAUCAGCUCCAUUAUCUAUAAAAUUGCCACCCACAAACGAUCCAUUCGUAAAUGAACCAUUUGCUAAGAACUUAGAAACUAUAAAUGAUUUUAAUUUGAAAGAAGGUAUUGAAGAUGAUACAGAAAUAAUCUUCAAGAGGUUGGAUUGCUUGCCAUCCUCUGGGAGUCCCAAACCCAAUUCAGUUCAACUUAUUACAAACAACUUAUCACCAUUAGCCACGAAGUGCUUACAAGAAACAAAUCCAAAUAUUAUCAUUGAGAAGCAACGAACUUCUACGAAACAACAAGUACAGAAAACCUUCAUGCAUGAAAAGAAACAUAAGAUAGAUACGGAGAAAGCAUUAGGAUUGACUACCAAUGAUCAAUCUCCUCUAAAGAAACAGAAAAUGAAGACAGGUACAGGUGUACCUAUGAAUCAAUUGUCUCUUGGACAGCAAUACAUUAAGGAUCUCGUAACUGUUUUGGAAUGUAUUGGAUUUCAUAAUCUAGAAAGUGAAAGGGGGAAUUUGGAGUAUUGGAUUAGUAUAGAUGAUGGUAAUCACAUUUUGACUGAAAAUAUACUUCAUAAAUUGCAAAUCACGUUGAAAAAUAUUAUGUCGGUUCAUCAGAUCUGGGACAAACUUGAAAUCUCCUGGCUCCAGUUCUUAUUGAAUAUAUUGACAGAUAAUAUUGAAAAAGCAAAGGGCUAUUUGCAGACUGAGAAAAUGGGUACCUCUCUUCUUAAGAUAUCACAUCUAUCUGCUUACUGUAUUUUCCAAAUAUUUCUUUUCAAUAAAGAGGAUAAAAAAUUACAUCUAGAACGAUAUCUUUUAGAACCAAUAAACUUCAUUUCAGAAGCUUUCGAAUUAUUAAAGCUUGCUGUUGAAAAAAAUGAUAAGUCUUUUGAUAAGGACCAACUCUCCUAUUUAGAUCAAUCAAUCUCCUUAUUACCAUCAUACGUUGAAAAGAGACCAUAUAUGGAUGAGAAUUUAGUUACCAAACUAAUUUACAUAUUUACAGAUACGAUAAUGAACGAUGAAUUUGAAUUCGUUAAUAACCUUUCACUUCAUAAUAUAUGGAAAUCCAUUAAGACAAAAAGUUGUAACCUAUUAAUUACAUUAUUUCUAAAAAUUCCCAGUCAAAGAGAAUUUAUUCUUCAAGAAUUAUUGACUCAUACAGAUAGAAUGCCGCAAAAGAGAAUACAGCGGAAAUUAACUAAAGUUGCAAAUGACACUUAUAUUACCGAUUUUACGAGGACUAUAAUAGGGAUUCUUGAAAGUAUAAAUUGCUUUGAUUAUGCAAUGAAAAUGGCAGAUUGGGAUGAAGAAUCAAUAAGGUUACUUGAGCAGAUUAAUAUGAAACAACUACAAACAGUACAUUCUUAUGUUGAGCAUAUUAAUAGCACUAUAUUGAAGCAAUUUUUAGAAAAUACUACUAAAUAUAGACACGUAUUGAAUGAUUAUGUUCAGGAUCUUCUCAAUUUGAUUCCUUUACCUGAGUGGUCCGUUACUGAAGUUUUGCUCAGUUCAAUGACGAAGAAAUUACUCCUUAUUUUCGAUCCCACUACGACGAAGAACGCGAAUACAGAAGCUAUAUGCCUUCAGACAAUUGGUAACAUCGGCUCAGUAAUAUUCAACAUAAAGUCAUCAACAAACCCAUCAGAAUGCGAUAACUUAAUCAAGAUAUUCAACUAUCCCGAGAAGUUACCCCAGUUAUUAGAGAAAUUCCAAGACUGUCUGGAAUAUAUUAAAUUUUCAUCAGAUAAACCAUCUGCAUUCCCUUAUUUCUGGAAUUUAGAACUAAUAACAUUAUUAAAAUUAAGAGAGUUCAACAAAGAUUCAGAAGUAGAUGAUGAUAGGAACAAUAAGGUUACCCAACUACUUUCCGAGCAAAUAUUAAAGCUUAGUGAACCAAUUAAUAUCAAUACGACAAAUAAGACUUGGUCAGAAGUCAAGUUAGAAUACUAUUCAAUAUUGCAUACUUUCGAUUUAUUGAAUCUUUAUGAACCUUACUUAAAACUGAUUUUAUCAUUCCUUGGAAAAGACAGGAUAAAAUUAAGAUCGACAGCAAUUAAAUGUCUUUCUAUGCUAGCAAAUAAAGAUCCAGUCAUUUUACAAAGUGAUUCUGUAAAAGAGACAAUACAGCAACGUCUGAAUGAUUCGUCUGCUUCUGUCAAGGAUGCUAUUCUUGAUUUAGUCAGUAUCAAAUCAUCAUACUUACAAUUUUACAGACAAAUAAAUGCUAAUUUUGCAGAUGAAAGUAUUUCUGUAAGAAGACACGUCCUAAGGAUUAAUGAAAAAAUUUAUGAUGAAACGACAGAUGUGCAAGCCAAAAUAUUUGUAGCUUCUAGAAUUCUUCUCAGAAUCGAAGAUGAAGAAGAUAUUAUCAUUGAUAUGGCUAAAGACAUUUUGUUAAAUAGAUGGAUACUUUCCAUCAACGCAUUAGAAACAAACCAAGAAAGUCAAGCUACAUUAUGUAAUGAAGUAAUCUUGAUCAUUUCCGGCGUCAUCUCACUAAAUGCAAAAUGUUCCCAAUUAAUUGACUGGUUCUUAAAUUUUUAUUUACUGAACGAAACCAUGCAUACUCCUCCAAUAUUUUCCAGAAUUAUCAAUACCUUAAACCUUUUAGCAGAUUACUUAGUUCAAGGGACAGUUGAAUUACAAUUAGGUCUAGAAUCUGAAAACCAUGCUGUUUUGAAACGUAGAGAGGAAUACCUCGCAUUACUAACUAAAUUUUCCGAUAGUACGACUACAUUUAUUACCAAGAAUCACCUUAUAUCCUUAUACCCAUAUUUAGUAUCUGAUGAGAAAAGCGAUUUACAAUAUUAUAUUCUUCGUAUCUUUAAGAAUGCGUUUCAAAAAUCAGAUCAUUUUAAACCUAAGUUCCUAUUUGAUCUAGAGACCACUUUAUUGAGUAGAUUACCCAAAAUGAACGUGAAAGAGAUUGAAGAAGCAAUGCCAUUGAUUUGGCAAGUUUGUUCACAAAGACAAGAAUACGAUAGAGCUUCUAAAGCGUGUUCUUCAUGCUUCGUUCAUUUGAAUCCAUAUAUUACAAUGGCCAACAAGGAACCUUCAAAGAUAUUAGCUGAUGGGAAAUUACAAAGAUUAAUAUACUUAACUGCUGGAUUUGCUAGAUUUUGCCCAAUCAAACGAUCACAAGGUAAAGUUAUGUAUGUUUCAGAAAAUGAAUCGAUAUAUGAGUACGUCACAAAGUGCUUAUUAGUGUUGUCAAAACCAGAAAUAACACACAUAAUUAGAAGAAUAGCAAUCAAGAAUUUGACAAAAUUGUGUGGUAGUUAUCCAAAGUUAUUCAACUCUAAACAUGUUUUAAACCUGUUAGAUAAAGAAUUUAAUAGUGCUCAUUUAGAUAUCAAGUUGGUCAUUUUAGAAAGCUUUUAUGAUUUUUUUGUUCUGGAGGAGAAAAAAUCAGUCAGAAAGGCUGGUGUAAAUGGUACGUUAUCUUCCGAGCUUUCAUUGAAGCAGAGUAUUUCAAUGGAGAAGAAAUCAGAGUUUGUUAAUGACGGAGUUUGUUCAGCAUUAGUGUCAAGGUUCUUAAAGAAUAUAUUAGAUAUCUGUACUGGAUCUAAUAUAAAGAGUUCGUUAGUAGCAGUUCGACUAUUAGAAUUGAUUUUACAGUACGGAUAUACAAAUCCAUCACAUGCUAUACCAAUAAUUAUAGCUUUAGUUUCCUCAAAUAAUCAAUACAUGAGUCAUAUAUCUAUUAAAAUUCUCAAGGAUUUAUUCGAAAAAUACGAGACUAUGGUGUUUAGUGGAAUGUCCAAAGGGGUUCAACAAGCAAUUGUUUAUUCUCGGGUGUUGAUGGGUGAUGAUCUUUACAAGAACGAUUUAUUUCUACGGAAACUAGGUACUAUCGUGGGAAUAGGGAAAAAAUAUGGCCCGAAAUUCAUUAAGACAAUAAAGAAGGUCAUGAUGAGUCUCCUAAAUGGUAUCGUCGGAGUCGAAAUUGAUAAUGACACAAAAGAUUCGAUCUGUUUUAUGACUUCAAACAUUGCGAACUUGCAAUUUAAUUCCCAAUUUGAUUUAAUUUCCCUUUUGAAACCAAUGGACGUUGUAGCUGAACAAAUGAAAGAAAAUAUUCAAGAUUGGUUAGCUACGAAUGAACAUGUAGAAUCGAUACCCCAAGAAGUUAAAAAUUCGAUGAUUAUUCAGUCAUCCUUAAUUGAAGUAAAGAAUUAUAUGUUUGCUUUAUACAAUAUUAAGGUUGAGUUGUUAGAAUUGGAUGUUACAGAUGAAUCAGAACUCAAAAAUAGGCCUGUCCUCGUUAAUAAAACAUAUACUGCAUCAGUCUUAUCGAGACUGGAAAAGAUAAUUCAAAGCGAAGAUAUUCUUUCGCAAUAUAUAAAUUUCUAA